GUUCGAACUUCGGUAGAGAACUGGUUGCGUCUUAAGAAUCACGUGACGUGGUUAUCAUCAAGCGUGCCCGUCCUAUAACUUAGACUGGUACUUCCAGAGGUGGCUUGACGCCGCUCUUCUCAUCUAAUAUCUCUGUAGGGUCAAUUUGUGGUGUAAACCGCAGCCAAAGUCAUGGACACCGCUGUGGCAAAACAGCUUGUUGACAAGAUUUAUGAGAAGAGAAAGGCGGCUGCUCUCGAAUUAGAGAAACAGAUUCGGGAAUGCCAUCAGCAAAGUGACCAGCGCCGUAUAAACCAGAUCAUCGAACAGCUUGUGGAUAUGUUCAGCAAUCCGUCAAAUCCCCUUCACAUCAGGAAUGGAGGACUCAUUGGCCUUGCUGGUACAGCUAUUGCCCUUGGCGUGGACGUUGCACCGUACAUGGAGAAAUUCAUCGAACCCGUUCUCGCAUGUUUUACCGACCCAGAAAACAGAAUCCGGUAUUUCUCCGCCGAAUGUCUCUAUAACAUAGCCAAGGUGUCCAAGGGCGAGGUUCUUGUUUACUUCAACCCUAUAUUCGACGCCCUCAGUAAACUAGCCGCUGAUUCAGAGCUGUCGGUCAAGAAUGGGGCGGAGCUGCUUGAUCGACUUCUGAAGGACAUCGUGGCCGAGACAGCUUCGGUGUAUAUUCCACAGUAUGCAGAGACGGAGAGGAUCCGCGACCAGUUCGAUCCUCAGGAGCAGAGUAUUCUCGUCGCUUACCCUGAUGACCGAUCCUUAGGAGAAAACAUACCUACUCAGAAGAAGGCCUUUUCCCUCGCGCGCUUUAUUCCACUUCUGCAAGACAGGAUAUAUGUCCUUAGUCCUUUCACAAGGAGCUACCUCGUGUCUUGGAUAACCGUGCUCGACUCGGUCCCAGAGCUCGAACUUAUAACAUACCUCCCAGAGUUCCUGGACGGCCUCCUGAAGUACUUGUCAGACCCCACCGAGGAUGUGCGCGUGGCCACAGAGAACAUUCUUGCCGACUUCCUGCGUGAAAUCAGAGACGUCAGCAUGGUUCGCCAACGCAAAGAAGAACACGCAGAGUCCUUUGAUCUACGACGCUCGGAUGAGAAGCUUCCUGAUAUCACGAUGUCUCACUCUGAACGUGCACUUUUCAUUCCUGAGAGUGACUUUGCUCAUGAUUGUGACGGAGAAUAUAGUUUGAAGGAUGAGCACAAAUCAGAAGACUACCGUGGCACUGGAGCCUUAGUUCCUGGGCAGGGUGUACGGAUAGACUAUGCAGCUAUCAUAGAAAUUCUCAUACAACAACUUGACAACCAACAUGACGAAAUUCAACAAUCUACGGCCCUUCGUUGGCUUGCCGAGUUCUUGACCUUCGUGCCCGACGUCAUGGUGCCCUUCACGCCUCGCCUUAUCCCUGCCAUCCUCCCUAAUCUAGCACACCAUGUCCCGAUGAUCCACGGAGGGCCCGUCCGGCAGAACACAGCGGACAAGCCGAUUGUGUUCACAAGCUCACCAACCCCAACUCCUCAGUCACUGCAACCCUCACGGCCAACUGCGAUAAACCAGCCAUCAUCUUCAUCCGAUAAGACAACUUUGAUUCAGCGGCCUCGCUCAGGAACAAAUCAAACUGUCGUUACGGAAUCUUCGAGCAGACCUCAGUCACGCAUGUCAUCAAAUAGUACACCGGGUGCUCCUCCACCUGCCCCUGUUCCAGUGCCUCCUUCGCCCGUACCGGAGGAAGCAGAUCGGUUUAAUUACCAGGCGACGGUGAACGAGCUGACGAUACAGUUUUUGAGCGAGCAUGAGCAAACCAGGGUUGCUGCGCUGAAGUGGCUUAUCAUGCUGCAUCAGAAGCACCAAAGAAGGUAUUUCCAGAUUCUCGCAAUGGAUGAUGGUACUUUCCCAGCAUUACUGAAGACUUUGUCGGAUUCGUCCGAAAGAGAGAGCUACUUCAAGGUCUUCAUGAUGAACCUUCUCGAGCUCUUCAGCACAGACAGGAAGCUUCUUGAGGCCCGCGGCAGUCUCAUCAUCGCCAGCUAUGUCUCAAUCUACAAUACAGAGAGGAUAUAUAAGACAUUUGCAGAGAUUCUGGAGAAAGAAGAUGUUGGAUCUAGAGUCGCGAGCGAGAUCGUGCAGAAGUUGAACAUGAUCCUAAUCACUUCACCCGAACUGGCGGAGUUCCGAAAACGGCUGAAGAGCCUUGAGACAAGGCAAGAUGGCCAGGCGUUAUUUACCACGCUCUAUCGGUCAUGGUGUCAUAAUGCGGUUGCGGUGUUUUCGUUGUGCCUGCUUGCGCAAGCUUACGAGCAUGCAUCAAAUUUGCUAUCCAUCUUUGCUGAUCUGGAGAUCACUGUUCCACUGCUGGUCCAGGUCGACAAGUUGGUGCAGCUGAUCGAAUCUCCUGUGUUCACCU